AUGGUGAAGGAUGCCAGCUAUCAUCAACCAAGCGCAUAGCUCGUGGACUCUGAUUCAUGCAUUAUGAGCUUCAGCCUGCUUUAACUUAAUUCGAUAUGAAUUUCAACUGCCAUUUGUCUCAUAGAGGACUUCUCACCUUAGGAUAAUUAACAGAUCUUGAAUCAGCCCAUAUCAAUUAAUAUAUAUUGGCCAAUUUGGGCAAAACACAAAAGGGUGCAGAACGGGAAAGAGGCUGCCGCAUCCUGUCCUGGAAAAGGAGUCUGCAACAUUGCCUUAAAACUGGAAUCAUCUCUCCGACAGUAAAAUGGCAUCGGAAACGAGGAAAGAUGGUGGCGACAGUGAGGCAGUGGCAGGUCAUAGGUGGAUGGAGAUGGUGAAGGAGCGGUGGCAGGCUAUCCGGGAGCAUGCCGAGACAUAUCCCUUCGUCUGGGCCUCGUACAUCCUCGUCUAUGGUGGCGUGGGCGUCUAUAUGACCUACCGGUGGAGGAAGCUCAGGAAGACAGAAGAGAGGGUCAGAGCUCUCCACGAGCACCUCAAGAAGCUCGUAGAGGCAGAUGAGGCUGCUGCCUCCAAGAGUUCGAUGGCAACAGCCGAGGGGAUUGCUGAGAAGGUAGAGACGAAGGGAAGCUGAAUGGUUGGGAAUUUGUGUACUUGGAUGGAAUUGCUCGGUUGAUCUCCCCUUCCUUUUUUAAUAAUAUUGCCUCUUUUUCUUCCUUUCUUCUUUUCAUGUUUGUAUUUUGAUUGUUGUGAAACAGAGGAAAGGUACGGUGUGUGUGAAUGCGUGCGUGUAGAUGAAAAGAAGUUUGUUGAGGAAACUGCUCGGAACGAA